UACAGGCCAAAAAGCGGCUCGAUGCUGCUGUACAGCCGGAAGAAGGUGAGGUACCGACGCGACGGCUACUGCUGGAAGAAGAGGAAGGACGGCAAGACGACCAGGGAGGACCACAUGAAACUCAAGGUCCAGGGGACUGAGUGUAUCUACGGCUGCUACGUGCAUUCCGCUAUCCUGCCCACGUUUCAUAGACGAUGUUACUGGCUCCUUCAGAAUCCAGAUAUAGUCCUGGUGCACUACCUGAACGUACCAUAUCCAGACGACAACAAGCUGGCGACAGUAGCGCCAAGCCUGGCGUUGUGGGCCGACAAGAAAGAAUGGACCAAGGACGAGCUCGUCAGUCAACUGAAGCCCAUGUUUUUCAGUGAAGAUGAACCGGAUAUCAACAAUGAAUUGGAGAUAUCUGGGAAAAUGUUCCAGACGGCAGAAACGGUAGAAGCGAUCGUUGGCCAACUUAUGGAGAAACAACGCGCUGCAAGGGCCGCAGCUCUGGCACGCCAGUUGGAAUGUGGUUGUCCAGAUUCUACUUGCCAAGACUCAAGGACUUGCGCUCAUCCAUUACGACGCAUUCAAGCAGCGAAACCCCCACCUUCAGAUCACCAUGUCUCUUCAACAACUGGACCUUCCCCCAGGCCUAUGUCGCAACCACCCAGACAGUACACAAGAGAUCACAGACCUUCACCCCAGUCAGCAUCACCAUUACUUUUAUCGUUAGGACAAAUUCAAGGAGGAGGAGGUCUACUGAUCCUUAAUGGAACGAGCAAUACAGCUCAGCAGCAUUCUUCCCUAGUGUCCCCACUAUCAGUUACGUCUUUCGUAUGCGAAGAACCAAGGGACAGGUACAGGCAGCAAUAUAAACCAACCUUUGUGCUAAAACGAGAGAUACCUGAUAGUCAACCUUCUUCAUGUCUUCACAAUUCAGAUUCUUAUGAAGUUGAAAGUCAAGUGGAGGAGAAAAUAGAAAUAGAAAGUUUUGAUAAGAAAAUUAAAAUAGAACCAAAGAGUAGGAAUCAAAUGAUAGCAAGUGCACCAGCAACGCCUUCUCGAUAUCCAGAUUUAGUGGAACGUUUAGAAAGUAAAGUUUUGUCGGAUAACUGUGAUGAUACGUUAGUAUUACUUGGUACUGAUGGCCAUUUAGGAUCUAGUGGAUUUUUUGAUGAGACGUUGGAAUUAUCGCAUGAGGAUAUUCAGAAGACUUUAUCAGCUAAUAUGCCUUGCGGCUUAGAUAGAAGUAGCGUAAGAUCGUCGGAAACGGCUAAUGUUAUGGUAUCAGGAAUUGAUACAAUGGACUUCAUAGAAAGUUGUGAAGCGGUAGCAUCGCCUACACAUGUUGUGGACGAUAAUGUGUUUGUGAACUUAGAUGCUUUUGACAUGUUAGGAGAUUUCCCAGAAUUGGAAGUGUUAGACCCCAGUUCCUUAACAACUCAUGUGAUCCAAACUCAUGGUAAAUCUCCACCGGCCGAAGAAAACAACGAGAAAAUGCAGACUGAUAAUAACGAAGGGACUCUGAGUAUAACGGACUAUUCACCUGAAUGGGCGUACCCUGAGGGUGGGGCCAAAGUCUUGAUAGCAGGGCCCUGGACGGAGACCUCGGAUCAGUACACGGUGUUGUUCGAUAACUUCCCGGUACCAUCUAUAUUGGUGCAGAAUGGCCUGUUGAGGUGUUAUUGUCCAGCACACGAAGCGGGCUUAGCUGCACUCCAGGUAGCUAGAGGGGGGCGAGUAGUCUCCGACACUGUUGUGUUCGAGUACAAGGCUGGUCCAGCGGCCGCGCCUUCUUCACCGGCGUCAGCUCCGCUGCCCUCGCUAGACUUUAGGCGGUUUACGUUGCUACAGCGACUGCAAAGGUUGCACGGUCGCUUGCAGAUCAAGAGCGAGCCUAUGGAUGAUAACAACCAUAUUGAAGACGUCCAACUUUACUCGAAUCCAAAAUUUGAAGAGAGACUGGUGACUUUCUGCCGAUCACUCAGCUCGCGGUCUACCGGGACCUCGGAAGGAUUUACAACAGACCCUGGUGAGGAGGGGUCCACGAUCCUGCAUCUGACUGCAGCGUUAGGGUAUACGAAGCUGACGACUGUGUUGUUGAGAUGGAAACAAGACGAUAGCAGCCUGGCCUUGGAAAAGGAAGUCAAUUUGGGGGCGAGAGAUAACGAAAAUUGUACACCAUUGAUGGUGGCGAGCGCUGCGGGACACGUGGAGACUGCAGUGGUGCUGGCUCGCUGGAGCGCGGGCACGCGGUGCGAGGCGGGCGCGCGCCAUGCCGCUACUGCCGCGCGCCGCGCCGGCCACUCGCGCCUCGCUGCGCUGCUAGACCGCAUCCACCCGCCGCCGCCUCGGGACGGCGUGUUCCUGCGCCCGCACAGCUUAUCGCAAAAAGGGAGAGCGGGAAGUCUCGAGAGCAACUUGGUGAAAAGACCAUCUAUUGACAGCGGAAUAAACAUGGCUGACGCAUUUAGAUCCAGUUCUGCUAUUGACAAGUCUGAUGGGAGCUCGGCAAGGUGGGAAAGGAGCAUGUCGUUACCAUUAGACUCUGACAACUCCGAAGACAGUCUUGGUGAUUCCAAGAUAGGACGACGUAUGGAUCUGGCCCUUUGCGAGACCGCGUCUCGGCGCGCCACCAGUCCGCUCAUUGACGUGGAGGCGCUGUCGGACGGCUCGCCGCCCGCUAGCCCGCCCCCGCCACCGCGAAAAGGGGAACAGGAUGACCGUGUGUUCACGCUGGCGGAGCAGAUAAUAGCAGCAAUGCCAGAAAGGAUAAAGAACGAAAGCUCGUCCUUGCUGUCGGGCUGCGGGCUCGAAGGCAGUUCCGCCAGCGGCGAAGACACCCUCAUGGUGCCGCUCCUCGAUGACGCCACCACCUUCAACACUGAGUUCAGCUUCGAGUUCUGCGACAACACUUACAGAUACUGCGGCGGGUCCACGCCCUGCUCGUCGGGAUCGGUGUCGCCGGGCUCCGCACUGUCGCCACCACCGCCGUCGCCGCGUCCCGCAACCGCCGCGGCACCUUCAGCCACGCUGCAGGAGUUCCUCAACGCUACAACGCACUUCUCCAGCCUUACUCUGAAUGACCGAGAACAACGCGAGCUGUAUUCAGCCGCAAUUACGAUCCAGAAGGCGUACCGGCAGUACCGCGGUAGGCAGUUGCAGCGCAGAGCUGCCGCCGCCGCCAUCACUAUACAGAACUGUUACCGGCGGUACAAGCAGUUCGCGUACUUGAAGCAAAUGCAUGCCGCAGCAACGGUGAUCCAGCGCGGAUAUCGUUCGAUGCGCGAGCGCCGAAUGGCCAACACGCCUAUCAAGAGGACCUAUUCCCAAAGGCGGCAGAAUCAGGCGGCGAGGAAGAUUCAGCAAUUCAUGAGGCAAUCUAAAAUCAAGUUGCAGAGCGCGCGAGCAGAAAACGCGAGGGUGGUCCGGCGCUCGCCGGGUGCCCACCAAAGCUCGUGGCAGCGCAUCACCAAUACGCCUCCCACGCACAAUAGGAUUGUCGAUUACCUGGCGCCACAGUCACCCAUGAAUGCCGACGAAGACUUGCUUCUUGAGCUACUAUUCAAAAUGUGAGGGACAUACUACCAAAUUAUUGUCAUCAUCAGAAUAAUAACAUCGUCGUAUAAAAAAUAAUACAGUUUAAUUCAGUGUCCUAAUCGUAUUAUGUUUCUAGAAUAUUAUUUCUGGUGGAGCAUUUAUUUCAGGUUUGGUGUUCAAGAGUGUAACUAUUUCGAGACAUGUUUAUAAUGUUGACCUUUUCAUUUCACUCCACGUUAUCACUAAGAAAUAUAGGUUGUAUAAGAAACUGAAAGAACUUAUUAUGUACAUAUAAUAUUAUUGUUUUAAGGACACAUUUAUUAUUUACUAUUCUGUUUGCGAAUGUCUUCAAUUCGCAAUGUAACAUUGUAUUGUUUCUUUCACAACCUAUAUGUUCAUCAUUAAUUUCUAUUUUAUUAUCAUAUACAGGUGUUUUCUUGGAGUUGUGAGAUAACACAGGCCUUGUCUACUUAAAUUUUAACCUGUCGUUUUGUAAAAGGUUUACUGAGAAGGUAUGCAAUAGUUUUGACCUUCACAAUUUCAGAAUAAUUCAUUCAAGACUUUGAUUCUUUAGUUCAUUAUAUAUCUGUUUCAAAGAAAAUGACUUGUUUAGAGUUUUGAAUAUUGAUUUUUCUUACUUUUAAACUCUUCAGGUCAUAGACAGGGUUAUAUUUAGUAUAAAUUUUAUCAUAUUUGUAUUAUAUUUUUCAUAACGUAUUUUUGAGACAUUUGUUUAGAACAUUUAUUGGAAUCAUAUUUUCGAAAACUCUAAAUUGGACGUAAAGUAAAUUUAUCUAGAUGAACAUCGUAUUGGCUGAUUUCGAUUGAUUCUAAUGAAAUAAAAAAUACAAUUUCAUGUAAUGUUUACAAAUGGUCAGCAUAGAGAGUUGGCUAAAGCAUUAUAUUUGUUACUUUAAAUUAUAUAGUUUUGUAUUCAAAUGUGUAAUCACUUUCUUUGUUAAUUUGCUUGCAAAGUUAUAAAAUUCAAGUCGAAACUGAAGUCUUAGGAUCUGUUGUAGAUAUCCCCCGACGGAGUCUUAAAUUAUGUAGGUUAAGUACAAAUUCAAAUUAUUAAAAUGCCACUGUUCUUAUAAAGUAGUUGCACCUAGCGUAAAAUACAAUAAAACCCGAUGAGCUGUGAGUAUUUUGAGAUUUUAUCGUAUUUAAGGAAAUUAAAAAAAUAAUAAUGCAGUUAUUAUAGUUUGACUAUUGGUAAAAAAAAAUGGUAUAGGUUUCGUUCCAGCCUAAAUAGAUUAAUUCUUUUUUAUUGGUCUCUGUGGAGACGUCUUAAAAAAUUCAUCGAACUUAACCUAUCUAAAAUUUCCUGUAGAUUUAUGAUCUAAAUCUUAUGAAACUCAUCAUUGGCAGUUCAUUUAUGGUUAAACUGUUAUAAUGAAAUUCCUUUUUAAGUUUCAUAGAACAUAUAUAUAUAUAUGAUUGACUUAGUUCAAUAGUAAAAUUUUGUUUAGUCCAUCCGUAGUUCCUACAUUAUAACUAUUAAAAUGGUUAAUGAAUUCUCUUGUACCUACAAUUAGUUACUUAGAUACUAAUUUUGUUUUAGAUCCUCGAUAAAGCUAUAUGCCAUACUUACCUAGCGUUCAUGAAAAAAAAGGUUGUGCACCAUUUAAUAUAGAAAUAAACUAACUUAACUACCUAAUAUUCCCUUUUUCUGGAUUCUCUGAUAUUUUAACGUAGUAUAGUUUAUAGUUUAAGGUAUUAGAAUAAAAAUAGCUUAACCAUAAGACGACUUAUAUGGCCGUCGAGAUAUUUUCGAUUCGUAUUUUUAUAAAGCAAAAGUUACGAAUGACUAAGAUUGCUUUGCUUGUGCAGGGCCAAUGAUCAAGUAAAUUCAGGAUUAGUUUAAUACAAUUUUAGUUUAAUUACUUAUUAAUUAGUCUUUUCUCUUGGUCUAAUUUUUUAACUUCGUGUUAGUUUAGUUUUAAUAUUUUUUUCUUCUUGAAACUUACUAAAAUUUACUAAAAUUAAUUUUGACUUCAAUAGUUUUGAGAGGCCCGGUGUGGAAAUCUCAAGAUGUUGAGUUCGCUCUCAGUAAGUUAAAGGUUGCAUCUCCUAAGAAUUUUUGAGCGAGAUGUUGGAUUUAUACAAUUAAUACUAAAACAUGCUGAGAGUCAAUUCAACUACAUCAAGUAGAUAAUGAAAUGACACGCGACGUAGAUGAGAAAACCGUCCAGUUGUGGCGGCUUUUGCACCCUCUGGUUGCGAAAUGGCAAAAGUCGCGGUAAGUAAAGAGGAAAUGGUAUGGCAUACAUUUUGGUAUCGAUGAAGUGGUAAGAUAUGCUUGAAUGAUCAAUGGGCACCCGAGGGCGCGAAUACAACAUGUAUAUUUCAUAUUUUUGGAGCGCUAAUUUUAAGAUGUUAUAUUUAUAUAUGUAUAUGUAGUGAUGGCGGAUACAAAACAGUAUUUCGAGAAUGUAUUGCGCCAAAAGUUUUGAUGUAUUAAUUUUCCAUAAAAGUUUUUCUCUCAUUGUUUUAUUUCGAACGGAUAAAUAGUUCGUUUAGCCAGUGGUCAUGCGUAUAUUUUUGGAUAGCGUGCACGAUUGCUUAAAGGCGCUGCGAGAGGCGGUGAAUUUGAUUAAAAAAGUAUGAAAAUAAAAGUAUUUUUACUGAAACACGGAACCUCUGAAAGCAAUAAUAUUUUUGUGGUGAUGAGAGUAUUUUAUUAUCCGUGCGAUCGUCACAGACAGAUAGACCGCUUUUUAGUGCAUCCGUCGUCGUCGUUUGCUCCUUUAAAUGUUCAACAUAAUUCUGCUUUACAUAGUCUGACCUCGUAGCAUACGAACUUAAUAUGAGUCAAUACUACAUUUCGUAAAGAAAAAUUCAAUAAACUUGGAUGUGUAUCUUAAGAGCAUAUCUAUUUACUGUUGGUCCUGACGCGGUUAGAAUUUGAAAAGUAAGUCAAGAAAAUCUUUGUCUUCGUUUUUCCAAUACAUGAACAUUGCCUAGUAUAAUUUUGUCUGUGACACUACGUUGCUGUACUAAAAGUUUCUACAAGCAAUAAAAACGUUUCGAACCUCUCUCUUAACGAAAGGUUUUAGGGAAAAAGGCUCUGCCUACAAUAUUGAGGUGUAAGUACACGAUUAUUUGGAACAGAAUUCGCGUCUGCGUUUCUCGAAUUGCGCAAAGCUAUUAGGAAUUUCGGAACGCGAAUCCCAAUAAUAAAAGGAGCAAUCGAAGGGCGAGCGUUAGUUAUUGACCACUGCUAAAAAAGUGCACUAGGAGUAGAUAAUAGUUAGAUAAAUUACUACUUAUAUAUAAUAUAUAUUAUAAAAUAAUAAAAAAAAGUCUUGAAAUCUAUAAAUAGAAUUUAAAAUUAAAAGUUUAACUAAUACUUUUUAUUAUAUUAUAAGAAGCUUGUUCACACAUUUUAACUUCAUAUUUAGUAAGUAAUCUUUAAGACUAAAAUGAUUGUAAUGUUACUAAUGGUACUGGAGUGGGUUUAGUGAGACUAAGGGUUUUUUUCGGGUGGGCCGUAUAGUAAGGGUUGGAAAUAUACUGUCGACUUUGUAUAAGCCGAAUUGAAAUAUGUACAAGUAUGGCUGUAUGACGAAGGUCAAGCGAUUAAUUCUUUCAGUACAGUUUAUGUCGCUCGUAUAUUUGGAACCCCGUGCUAAUCAAAUAAUUUAUGCCAAAGGCAAGUUUUUUAUAUAAUGUGAUAAGCAUGUUAUAGACAUUCAUUUGGAGCAUCCAUAAAUUAUUUUUAGUAUACUUAAAGUAUAGUUGAGUUGUUAUGCAUUUUGUUGUUGAAUUUAUUUGAGAUGUAUGUUCACUUUAGUGGUAUCAGUAUUUUUAUCUUGUCCAUUGUAUAUGAUUUAAGCUACCUAUUUAGGUAACUUACAUUCCUUAAAUUAAAGAUGUAAUUUUAAAAUGACUUAUUAAUUUUAUUUAGUUUUAAGUUUGUUAUUUUAUUUUAGUUAAUUAAUUCGCUAAGUUUGAGUGAACACACAUCUCAUUUUGCUAUAGCUUGCUAUUAUGAUACUUUACAGCAGAUUAAAUUGUUUUGAUUAAAUGGAGCCUGCCUAAAGUAUAUUGCAUAUCACUUAGGAAGUUAUAUGACUAAUUGAAAAUUUUCGAAGUUUUUUUUUAUCAUAAUACGCUAGUAUAAUAGUGAUUUGUUCUAACUUUUAGAUGAAUAUAAAUGUAUUGGUUAGCUUGUGAUCAAAUUUACGAAGACACGGUGAUAAUUCGAUGAGUGCGUACUUGUAAUAUUGUUAUGUUUUUUGUAUUUUCUGCUAAUCUUCUUACCGGUAAUAAAAAUUAAUAAAAUCUAAUAUAACCUAUUCAAAUAAAAACAGAUAUAUUUGCAAUGUCAAUUUUUUGGUUGUUUGGUAUAUUUUUAGGCAUUUACACGUUAGGUUUAUUAAUGUAAAGAAAAAAAUUACAAGAAUUUUUUUCACAGGGUCCUGGUUUUAAACGAGAUUUGAACCCGCACCUUCUGCAAUCCGGGCGGACGCACUAACUAAUUAUGCUACUGAUGCCUUAAUGGCCGUGUCGAAUUUCUCCUAGUAUUUCUUAGGCUGCAAGGCAGCGCCAUCUCUUAGCAUUGUAGGUGGUAUAAUGAUGGAAACGAAGUGUAAUAAAAUUGUGUUGGAACCGAAAAUUAUGAAAACAUCACCUAAAUACCGUUCAUUUAAUUAGCACUGUGUCUAUAGGUACAAUUAUUAUUCCAAAUGCGAACUUUUUUGCUAUUUAAAACUUAAAUAUGUAUAAAUAGGUAGAUCUAUUAUUUAUUAUACUUAAUAAUUGUUUUAUUUGUGAUAUUAUAGUAAGUAUGAAUACGCAAUAAUGCAAUUGCCAUUGUUAAGUUCUUUUUUUAAUUAUUAUUGUUUAAUUCAGUAAUCGCGAUGUCAUUGAAAAAAAAUGGUUUAUUUUAUUUAAAAGAUUUUUCGAAGUUGUUAAACUUUUAUUGUAGCUUAUUUCAUUUGUUCCUAGAAUAAAUCAUAGCAAAUCUUAUGAAAUUGUUUUAGUCCUACCGUAAAAACAUUUUUGUUUGUUACAAAAAUGGUGUAGGUAGUUUGUAUUUUUUUAAGGCUAUCGUAAUUGUUAACUGCCAGCUUAAUGGUUUCUAAAACACCAAAUAUGGAAGAUUGAUUGUGAAGGUUUGUAAAAUGUCCAAUUUAUUAUUUUUUACAAUAUUAUUUUAUAUUUGUAUAGAACUGUACGACGAAAGCGGAUGGAAUGAGUUAUUCAUGUUUAUAUACACCGUCAGAAAGCGUCAUAAAAUUUAUUUAUAAAAGCUCAAAAUGUCCGUUUCUUCCAUAAUCAAUAACUUAUAAGAUUCGGUACCUACAGGCAUGUCAAUUGUAUCAACAGUAACUUGGCAGAAAACAAAAUUGUGUCUGUAACUUGCAGUUUUCCGUCUGUAUUCACCAUUACAGUUUUAUCUGACCAUUUGAGUUUUUGACUCGAUCGAGUUUCCCUCAGCCACAGAUCUAUUCACCACACAAUAUAAAAUGGUGAUUUCACCAUGAUGAAGAUCAAAAUCAGUUGAAAAGCCAGUUUCAGGUAACUCGAUCUGUGGCGGGUUGUACCUAAGUUGAACCUGGCGUUCCUCAAUUAACUUGUCUAGUGUGAAAAGUGAAGUACCUAAGUACAACUAUAAACUUCAGUAUGAAAACUUGAAAGCGAGUAUUAAAACUCAAACUCUGCUUUGCACACUAUUCAAGUACCUAGUCAAUAACUCAGAUAGAUAAAACCGCUGAUGAUAAUUGUUGUUUGAGUUAAUUCUAAAUUUAAAGAAAAUUUUGGUAGAAAAAACUCCACUCGGUUAAAUUUUUAGACGGUAUUCGAACCCGCGUCUUUCACUAUUUCAGGCAGGAUUCGAAUUUGUAUUUUCAGCCAGGUUAGUGGAAGAUGAGGGUUUGAUUCCCAUCAAAGGGGAUUUAAGUGGAUUUUUUUCUAGUAAAAAAUUCUUUAGAUUUCAUUAUCUAGCAGUUAAAUGCUGAAAAUAAAAAUAUGAUAAUGACUUUAUUUUAUUUGUGAUUGUAUCCAUCUUGUACUGUUUUUUACAUGCACUCGCAUUUGAAAUUGUUUUAUGAGACUAUUUAUUUGAAUUAUAAUAGCUAAAUAGAAAAAAGAUAAUUUAUGUAUUGUGGUAUAUUUAUAAUGAAAAAAAGUAUUAACAGUACCUACUAUUAAUUGUAUACUUUCAUUACGUCAUAAAAGCUUAUAAAAGUUAUCAGCGGUUUUAGAUCGGAAUUUCGUAAAUAAAAUUGUUCCUGUGGUUUUCUUUUAAAGUAAGAUGUCGUCAUAUAAGGUAUUUAUCUUUUGGUCAAGACGAAAAUUGAUAAAUUAAAAUGUAGUAACAUAAUUUUCUUGCAAAUGUUUACGUUUGCAUUCCUCAUAUUCUCUAGAGUAAUUCAAUUCAGGAAAAUUACAGAUACUUAAACCAACUUGAUUAUUACCACCAAUUAUGGUUCAUAUUAUACUACUUCAUACUUUAGACGAGUACGUAUAAUAUACUUUUAUAUAGAUAUACAUUUAUACAUACUCGACUAAAAUAAUAUUCCGUCUAACAUAAUCCGCUGCAUAUUGGACUAGUUAUAUCUUCAAUUUUAGUUGUAAUUUUCUCAGCAAUAACGUUACAUAAAGUCAAUGUUUGGUGUAUAUAAUUUAUAUACCUAUUAUUACUGUAAAAUAUCAUAAAAUCGAUAACACUUACUUUAUCAAUCUUUCGUCUUAAACAAAAUAAUACUUUUAGAAAUCACACAUAGUAAAAAAUAUUAUCUUUAGUUUAUACAGCAUCUAGGUACUUAAUUAUUUGUGACGUAAAUAAAAAGAAGUUGGACAUAAUGUGUUAAGUGAGUCAAUGAGUCUAUUCGAAAUAAGUGUACUUUGAACAAAAAAAAAUCUUCCUUUGUAAUUAUAUUCUAUAAACACUACAAAAUUGUGAUUGAAAGCAAUUUAAAUAUUACUGCUGAUUAUAAA